GAGGGCAGCGGCUUCAGGCGCCUCAGUGCGCAGGCGCGGCUCGCGGCGCGCAGCGCGCAGGCGCCGCCCGAAGUGACUUCUCCAAAAAGUGUCUCAGUUCGCAGUCACCUGAGCGCCGGAGCGCGGCUGCGGGAGGCAUCGCGGACGCCGCCCUCUGCGGGUCCUGCCGGGAGACCCUGCCCUCUCCUCCGCGCCCUCGGCCUCGCCUGCCCGAGCCCUCCCGGGGCCUGUCGUCUCCCCGUCCUCGCCCGGACCGGGCCGAACCGGGCCGAACCGGGCCGCCUGGGAGCGGUCCCUGACCAUGGCGUCCUUCUUCAAGAAGAAAACCGUGGACGACGUAAUAAAGGAACAGAAUCGAGAGUUACGAGGUACACAGAGAGCUAUAAGCAGAGAUCGAGCAGCUUUAGAGAGACAAGAAAAACAGCUGGAAUUAGAAAUUAAGAAGAUGGCCAAAAUUGGUAAUAAAGAAGCUUGCAGAGUUUUAGCCAAACAGCUUGUACAAUUACGGAAACAGAAAACAAGAACUUUUGCUGUGAGUUCAAAAGUCACUUCUAUGUCCACACAAACAAAAGUGAUGAACUCCCAGAUGAAAAUGGCUGGUGCAAUGUCUACUACAGCAAAGACUAUGCAGGCAGUAAACAAGAAGGUGGAUCCACAAAAGACAUUACAGACAAUGCAGAAUUUCCAGAAGGAAAACAUGAAAAUGGAAAUGACUGAAGAAAUGAUCAAUGAUACACUUGAUGACAUCUUUGAUGGCUCUGAGGAUGAAGAGGAAAGCCAAGAUAUUGUGAAUCAAGUUCUGGAUGAAAUUGGAAUUGAAAUCUCUGGAAAGAUGGCCAAAGCUCCAUCAGCUGCCCGAAGCUUACCAUCUGCCUCUACUUCAAAGGCUACCAUCUCCGAUGAAGAGAUUGAACGACAACUCAAAGCUUUAGGAGUAGACUAGUCAAAAUAGGCUGUAAUACUUUGCUUAUUUAUAAUUAUUUAGUCAUAAUUAUAAACCGGGCAUAUUGCCAAUUCCUUUUACAAAACACAUUUAUUUUGCAAAAAUUAAGACCAUGAGUGAACAGUUGUUUCCUAACCCAUGGCUAUUUUGAAUCUUUUGCCAAAGAAUGACAACGAUACAAAAUGGGAACAGUUUGGAUUUUAAUUAGAACUGUUGAGGAGUGAUGAUGUAUAAAAAGUUGAUGACUUUUCUGCAUGUUAUAGAAGAAUUAUAUUCAUUACUUAGUGUAGUUUUUGUUCUAAAUCCUUUUACACUAAAUUAAAAAAUCUUGUUAAAUGCCACUAGGCACCAACUUAAAGAGUCUUGUAAAAAUAUUAAAGUAUGUCAUUAAUUAUAUAUCUGUUGCUUGUCUUAUAAGUGAUAUGUGUUAUAACCAUAAGCAAUUUAGUUGCCAAAUUAUUUUUAAAUGGUCUGAAAGAAGAGUGCUAUUUAAACAGCUGUCUUAAA